UGCGCCUUAGCACCUGCUGGGCGGAUGGAGCGCUUUGUCCGUGUUCCCUAUGGCUUGUACCAGGGUUAUGGGAACACAGUGCCUUUGGGCCAGCCUGGACUCUCAGGGCACAAACAGCCCGACUGGAGGCAAAAUAUGGGUCCCCCCACUUUUCUGGCCAGGCCAGGGCUGCUGGUGCCCGCGAACGCCCCUGACUACUGCAUGGACCCUUACAAGAGGGCGCAGCUUAAGGCCAUUCUGUCCCAGAUGAACCCCAGCCUGAGCCCGCGGCUGUGCAAGCCCAACACCAAGGAGGUGGGCGUGCAGGUGAGCCCGCGGGUGGACAAGGCUGUGCAGUGCUCGCUGGGGCCUCGCACCCUCAGCAGCUGCUCCCCCUGGGACGGCAGAGAUCCCCGGGAGUCCCUGCCAGCUUGCGGGGUCACUUCGCCCGGCACCGACCGCAAGAGCUUGAUCCGCCUGCGGAGAGACGGGGACCACGCGGAGAGCAAGGCGCUCCCGGGCCCUGAGGAGGCCAGCCAGCCGCAGCCAUCACCACCGAGGUCAGAAGCUGACAGGCAGGAGGAACCUGGGCAGCCGGAGGAAUCGGGGGAGAAAGACGCCCUGUCCCCUCAGGAAACGAAGAGCAAGCAGGUGCCUGGAGACGCCGCCACCGAGCCUCUCCGGAGGCCCAACUUCCAGUUUUUGGAACCAAAAUAUGGCUAUUUUCACUGUAAAGAUUGUAAGACCAGGUGGGAGAGUGCUUACGUGUGGUGCAUUUCUGGAACGAACAAGGUUUAUUUCAAACAACUCUGUUGUAAGUGCCAAAAGAGUUUUAACCCUUAUCGAGUAGAAGCAAUCCAAUGUCAGACCUGCUCAAAGUCUCAUUGUUCCUGUCCUCAAAAGAAAAGACACAUUGAUCUAAGGAGGCCUCAUCGACAAGAACUGUGUGGUCGCUGCAAAGACAAGAGAUUCUCCUGUGGCAAUAUUUACAGCUUUAAACAUGUGAUGUAACUUGUACAGUGUGACUUGUACAGGACCUCUGAGCUCUUCUUGUAACUGACUGUGCUGUAUUCCUUUUUUGCAACUUGGCUCUGACCUGGCAUUGGAAAAUGGCUAGGCUUUUGUACUUUUUGUAGGUUGUGUAACAAUUGUACAAUGUGAAUAGAAGAAAAUAAAUGCAUGUGAACUAG